GGAGGCAGGACGGUGUGCUGUUGGACAGCGCUGCUGAGGCUCCAGAGAAGCACUCCCAGAGACAGCCCAAGAUCCUGACACAAUGAGGAAGCAUCUGGGCGGAUGCUGGUUGGCCAUUGUCUGUGUCCUGCUGUGCAGCCAGCUCUCAGCAGUCAAGGCAAGAGGCAUAAAGCACAGGAUCAAGUGGAACCGGAAGGCUCUGCCCAGUACCUCCCAGGUCACCGAGGCGCGCAAGGCCGAGAUCCGCCCUGGGGCCUUCAUAAGGCAGGGCCGAAAGCUUGAUAUCGACCUUGGCGCUGAGGGCAACAGGUACUACGAGGCCCACUACUGGCAGUUCCCGGAUGGGAUCCACUACAAUGGCUGCUCCGAGGCCAACGUGACCAAGGAGAAGUUUGUCACCGGCUGCAUCAACGCCACCCGGGUGGCCAACCAGGAGGAGCUGUCCCGCGAGAAACAAGACAACAAGCUUUACCAGCGGGUCCUUUGGCGGCUGAUCAGGGAGCUCUGCUCCAUCAAGCACUGUGAUUUUUGGUUGGAAAGGGGAGCGGGACUUCGGGUCACCGCAGACCAGCCCGUGAUGGUCUGCCUGCUGGUUUUCAUUUGGUUUGUCGUGACCUAAGCUUGCAGGCAGGCUGGCGGCCGCGAGGGUGGGAGGGGGAGCAAACCGCUGAGUGACCCCAGUUCUUCUCUGGGCCCAAACCCCCGCGUGUCCCGAAGGAACCAAAGAGCCAGGCAUUCCCUCGGGUAUCCGUUUGCGUUUGAUAAGUGUGUGCGUACCAGUCCCCUCCAGGCUCUACCUAAGGGGGGCCGUGUAAUCACGACAUUCUCAGCUCCCAGUGGAGGGUCUGGCGCGUGGUGUUCCGCAGUAAAUGCUGGGCGAACAGAUAAGAGAACGCGCCAGGGACCAGGCCUCGGGCUCCACAGCAUGUCCCGACCCCUCUUAGAGGUAGGUGCUAUUCCCACUGUAUAGUUGAGGAAACUGAGGCUCCAAAAGGUGAAGUGGCUGGAAAGCAGCAGAGCCCAAAUUCAAUCCUGGUUUGUCUAACCCCGGAUUUUCCCAUUCUGUGCAAUCCCAGAGCUGUCUUGUGAUCCCGUCCUCACUGCUCGCACGACCCAAACGGAAACACAGAUUUCUGAUGAAACCGUGGAAACCCAACUUUGAGAAACAUAAAACGGCCUGAAUGGAUGGCCACGUAUCUUAA